CGGCACACGCUCCCUCACACGAGCGCCGAGGCUCUGCCAUCCAGACGCUGUAACUUGGCGUCUCGGAGAGAGGACCGAGGCUGCCCAACGAGCCGACGCAGCCAAGGGAAGACGGAGCAGCCGUUUCUCGGGAGCCUUCCGCCGCACGCGUGGCAUCGAGUGAGACUCGUGCGAGGGGCAGAAGCCCCCGCUCCCCACAACACACGAGUUGGCCUCAAAACCGAGAGAGAGAGAUUAAGACACGGAGGCACAAAAAGAGUGCACAAGAGAAGCCGACGACGCAGCAGUGACGAGAUGAGCCGCCGCCGCUGUCGCCGCCUCCUCCUCCUCCGUCCGGCGGGUGACACCGAGCCGAGGCUCCGCUGGCUUUGGUGACUCUUUGCAAGGAGGUGUGUGGCGCGGAUCCUACUGGACGGACUAUCCGGGCACGAAAAGAAGAGAGCAGCCCCCCUCUUCCUCUUUUUCUUCCGGGUCGUGCUCGUCUGCAAUCCCGGGGAGAAGGUUUUUUUUCCCGCUAUGGGCGAAUUUCAAGACGCCUGAGUCCGCCGUUUCAACCGAGCCUUGGUCCUCCUCAACUCGCUCUUCAGAAUGGGCUGUUUUUUGGCGGUGGGGGUCAUCCUCAGCGUCCUGUUGCUGUCGCAGGCUUCGCUCUACCAGUCCAUCCAGCAGCACCACCUGGCCCGGCCCGCCCGCACCGACAUUCUCACCCUGGAGGGAGGUACGUGCGAGGUGAUUGCGGCCCACCGAUGCUGUAACAAGAAUCGCAUCGAGGAACGCUCUCAGACCGUCAAGUGCUCCUGUUUACCAGGCAAAGUGGCAGGAACAACACGCAACAAACCCUCCUGCGUGGACGCUUCCAUCGUCAUCGGCAAAUGGUGGUGUGAGAUGGAGCCGUGUCUGGAGGGAGAAGAGUGCAAGACUCUGCCCGACAAUUCCGGAUGGAUGUGCUCCUCCGGGAAUAAAAUCAAGACCACAAGGAACACCCAGCCGUACUCCCCCUUUUAGCCUCCGCAAGCAAAACGCAGAGGAAACGUCAAGCGAAACCGAGCUGCAUUCUCGCUUCUCUAAAGAUUCAUCCCAGGACCUAAGGAGGAGCUCCCUUGGCAGGACUCUGCGCCAGCCCUUUUCUCCUCGGCUCCCCUUUCUCGGUGUAAAAACGAUGACAUCCAAACGCCGGCGACCGGAUUACCCGGGACCAGAGAACGGAUAGCCGGCUCCAUAAAACAGCUUUGCUGGCGCCGCGCCAAGGAUUUCAACCCGCACUAAUCCCCCCCCCCCCCCCCGUUUGAUGGAGGAGCCCCGUUCGGUCGACCCUUUUCCCGCUCACUGGGUGCGGCGCGCUUGAACCGAGGCAGCCGGGUCGGGGUCAUUCUGAGGUCGUCUGAACGUGAUGCAAAGACUUUGACCGCGCACGUCCGUCCAGAGGCUAAAGACGCGGAAUAGCUCGCACAAAGGCGGGAAAUGACCCCGAGGACAUUUUCUCUCGAGCCGCCUUUGUGUCGGACUUGCUUUCCGAAGGCGGCUUUUCUCGGGACUGCCUCCGAAGUGGGGAAGCGUGAGCAGCCUAUCAGGAGUGGAUUGAGAUUUUUCUUUUUGAGGGGACUCCGAGCUCCGCCCUGAUGGCCGACACCUUUGUGGCCACUCGGGAACAUCGGAUUUGACUUCUUGACCUUGACGGCAUGUACAUUCAUUCUCCAGCUCUACUUUUCUUUGUGUGGAAGGACACGUGUGCGUUUGCGUGUGUGUGUGUGUGUGCGUGUGUGUGUCGAUAUAAAUAAAAUCCAUAUACGGCAAUUCAUUCAAGUGAAAAGCCCGACAUUGAUGUGCAUAACUGCGACGGCUUCAUUUGUCCUGAAAAAGAUGAAAAUAAGUGAGUGUGAUCUGUCAGCGGUCCUUUUGCAGUGUUGCCGCGACAAUUUAGGUGCAAGAUUCCCAAAUGCAGAGCGCUGGUAUUGACAAGCGCAGACAAAAAUGCACCGUCAUGCCCUCGGAGCGAUCCGAGGACAUUGCGGGGGAGAGCCUCCUGAGAAAUAAAAAAAUGCUUUUCC